AUGUCUGAAUUAGAAGAUUCAAUGAACAACUUAAAUGUUAACGAAGGUGGCCGUCAGUCCAAGAGCAACUACGUCCCACCACACAGAAGAAACGGUCAAGGGUCCUCGGCUUUUGCAAACAAUGGAUCCCGUGGUGGCGGUUUCGGUGGCAGAGGAAGAGAUAACUUCUCUGCUGGCCGUGGCGGCGGCAGAAACGGGAUGAACUUCAGAGGCGGCAGAGGAAGAGGGCCCACAAGAGGCCAAGGCCGUUGGGUUCAAGGUAAACACGUCCCUGCUCCAAAAGACGAAGAACUGGAAUUAAAGAUGUUUGGAACUCCAGAGGAUCCAUCCUUCCAGUCGUCCGGUUUGAACUUUGACAACUACGACGAUAUCCCAGUCGAAGCCACCGGUGAAGACGUCCCUGAACCAAUCACCCAAUUCACCAGCCCUCCUUUGGACGAGCUGUUAUUGGAAAACAUUAAACUUUCCAGGUUUACUAAGCCUACUCCAGUGCAAAAAUACUCCGUCCCAAUCGUUUCUAAUCACAGAGAUCUUAUGGCUUGUGCCCAGACCGGUUCCGGUAAGACUGGUGGAUUCUUAUUCCCCGUUUUAUCUGAGUGUUUCCAAACAGGCCCAGCACCUAUCGAAGUCGAGUCGGAGACCGUUUUCCGCAAGCACAGAGCCUAUCCAACUAUUUUAGUCAUGGCUCCAACAAGAGAGCUGGUCUCCCAGAUCUACGAUGAGGCUAAGAAGUUUGCCUACAGAUCAUGGAUGAGACCUUGCGUAGUAUAUGGUGGUGCUAACAUCCGUGACCAAAUGGAAGACUUAAUCCUCGGUUGUGAUCUUUUGGUCGCCACUCCUGGUAGAUUGAGUGAUCUUUUAGAACGUGGAAAGAUAUCGCUUGCUAAGAUUAAAUACCUCAUUUUGGAUGAGGCUGACAGAAUGUUGGAUAUGGGUUUCGAACCACAGAUUAGACACAUUGUCCAAGGUUGUGAUAUGCCUUCUGUCAAUGAGAGACACACCCUCAUGUUCUCUGCUACUUUCCCUAGAGAUAUUCAGUUAUUGGCCAAGGACUUCCUGAAGGACUACAUUUUCCUUUCAGUCGGUCGUGUUGGUUCCACAUCCGAGAACAUUACACAAAGAGUUCUUUCUGUCGAAGACGACGAAAAGAAAUCCGUCUUGCUGGACAUUUUGUCCUCUUCAGACGACAUAAAGGAAGGUCUGACCCUUAUCUUUGUUGAAACAAAGAGAAUGGCAGACACUUUGUCCCACUUCUUAGUCACAAGAAACUUCCCUGCCACCUCCAUUCAUGGUGACAGAACACAACAAGAGAGAGAGCAUGCUCUUCACUUAUUUAAAUCUGGUGCUGCUCCAAUUUUGGUUGCCACUGCAGUUGCCGCCAGAGGUUUAGACAUUCCAAAUGUCACACACGUUGUCAACUACGAUCUACCAGCUGACAUUGACGAUUACGUCCAUCGUAUUGGUCGUACCGGUCGUGCUGGUAAUGUUGGUAUUGCCACUGCAUUCGUUAACCGCGGUAACAAGAACCUGAUCAAGGGUUUAAUUGAACUGUUAACCGAGGCUAACCAAGAAGUUCCUCAAUUCCUGAGCGCCCUUUCCAGAGAAGCUACUAUGGGUAGAGGCGGAGCCAGAGGUGGAAGAGGCGGAAGAAACGCUUACGGAAAAGAUUUCAGAAGAUCUUCUAACUACCCGCCUCAGCCAAGUUCCCAAACUUAUGGUAGGGCUAAUGGAGGAAGUGGUUACUUCGGUGGUUCUAACUUCUACGGUAGUGCUCCAAGCAGCAACACUACUCAACAAUCGUCUGGUUCUGAUUGGUGGUAA